AUGCUGGAACAAGAAAUCCACCCCAACUCUAUUGAUUUCACCCUGCAUCCAAGUAGAAUUUGUGAACAUAUCAAUGACAGGAUACUGUUUUGUGCAAAAAAGUGCAUACCCAGGGUAAGAGUGAUGAAAUAUCGUUGCUUCUGGUCGGAAGAGCUCCAAUAUAUGAAAACCAAGCGCAAUAGACUAGGAAAAAAAGCCGAACUAGCACACAGACUUUCAGAUACUCAGGCCUGGAGAAGGCAAUCUGCGUUGUUUAGAAAAACUGUGCUCGUUGAGAAACGAAAACCCUUUAACGACUUCAUAGCUGGCGCCAAUGAUCAGAGAGAUGGGAAGAAAGUUUUUAAAUUCCUUUCUAAUAUCAAAAAUGGAGGUAGACGAGCUCCUACGCAGCCUUUCCAAGUUGCUAAUAAAACUAUCACUACAGAUACAGAAAUUGCCAAUGCAUUCGUCAAACACUUUACGAACACUCAUCAAAAGAAUACCCACUCUAGAGUAACGUCAAGGUUUCUAAAACGCAAAUUAAAAUCCCUUCUUACUGACUUUGAUGCACGGCCAUCUGCGCAUCCCAUUUUUAAUUCAUUUCUCUCUGUGGAAGAGCUUACUCAGGCUAUAAAUUGCCUGAAAAGUGGAAAAUCCCCGGGUGAAAAUGGCAUACAUUCUGAAUUUCUUCAACAUCUGGGCAUUUGUGCGUUAAACACUCUUUUGGAGUUCUUCAUUAUAAUUUGGGACUCCGGAAUUGUUCCCUCUCAGUGGCGAAGAGCCAUAGUUAUACCAAUUCAUAAAAAAGAUAAAAGUCCAAAAAAUUUGACCUAUCUCACUUACCAGUAUUAUGAGAAAAACUACGGAAAGAAUCGUAUCUAA